CCCAAUUUCUGGAGUUCUCUCCUUAGAUAAAAUGAGUUACCUAUAAAUGAUAAUAUACCCAACAAUGUGUAAUCACAGCUGCCAGUUCUUCAGCUGGUGUUGGUCUUCAUUAAAUUAUUAAAAUUAUUAUUAUUAUUAUUAGAUUUGAAAUCUUACAUUUUCUUGCUAGCUCCCCCCCCCCGUUUCUGUUAACUUCAGGUCUAGGAUGAAAAAAGUGCGUUUCUAGGACCAAAGUCUCGUCGUCGUUCUCCAGGAAUAUUUUGAGUUCAUCAACAAUCGCUGGAAGGAUUUUCUACAAGUUGGAGGUCGGGGGCAGCAUGCAAUUAUUUGCAUUCGACUGGGCUGAUUGGGUAAGCCGGAGUUCAAAGCCCCACCCAGUGCAAAGCUGACCACUAACCAAGUCUCCAGGUCACAUUCCUAUGCGGAGCCUAACGAAUCGUGCGAAGCAAAGCAAUCGCCGCCCCGCAGCUCUGGGUUCGGUCUCGCCGUUCCCGAGCUAGUCAAGGCUGGCGCAGGCUGCUGAUUGGAUGGAAGCGGCGGUAUCGCCCCACCCAGGGAAAGGCUCGUCGCUCUGACCCGCCCCGCCGGCUUUGGCAGCUUCUGCUCGUGGAGCAUGUUGGUGGCUCUCCGGGAGGCGAGCUCCGUACUGGACGGCGCCCUGCCUUGAAGGAAGCGCGAGAGGAUCCCUGCGGUCAGCACCAAGACAUAACAUGCUGUUAAAAUCUGCUAUAAGGAUUUAAUCACUACUAAAAUGGCUCAAAAUGCCACAAGUUUUACAGAAAAUUCUUUUUGACUAUUAAGUCUUUUCCAUUGUGUGGUCAAUAACACAUAUUAAUAAUAUUUUUUUUAAAAUGUCAGAACUCAACUCCACAUCGGGAUUAAUAGCAAAUAUUGAAAACGGAACUUUUUUGGAGCUAUACCCCACCUCUCUCUCAACAUCCAUGGACUUACCUUCCAAUCGCAUGUCAAACGUCUAUGUUUAUGUUUCAAUCUUCCUUAGCCUCUUGGCAUUCCUUCUUUUGCUGUUAAUUAUUGCACUUCAGAGAUUGAAAAAUAUCAUCUCGAGCUCCUCCUAUCCAGAAUACACCAGUGAUGCUGGGAGUUCCUUUACAAAUUUAGAAGUCUGUAGCAUUUCUUCCCAGAGAUCAGCUUUUUCAAACCUUUCAUCAUGAGAAGCCAAGGAAGGAAAUCUAUUGUGCGUGGAAUAGUCUCAGUCCAGAUUAUGAGUGUGGUUGGAAGACUAAGGCAUGCAAGAUUAGAACUGUUAGUCAGAGAAGAGACGAUUUCUGAACUUUCCCAUUUGAGAUCACAUAUAGAGCUCUGCCUCUAGUAGUCUUGGAAUUUUGUAGUGUUUUUCCCAGCCGCUUCUGAAGAUAAUGAAAAGUACAUUCUUUCUCAAAUCAAUCUGCUCCUUAGUGAUUAUAAGGAGACAUCUGUGUUAUUUUCUCAAUAACAUUAGAAAAACUAUUUGCCUUUGACUUGUUCCAAGAUUUUUUUUCAACUUCCUAGUCCAGCUUAUAAUUUUGAGAUCUUUGGUGGUCUCCCAUCAAAGUACUAACCAAUGCUACCAAUGAUUCAAUGCUACUUAGGAUUUCAAGAUUACCCAAAUUUUACAGGGUGCUACCACAGGCUAUGCUCUAAAGGAGAUACAACUAUUUAAAUUGUAUGUAGGAAUAUCUGGCUUCCUGCUUCUGAUUUCUGAUCUCAAAGCUCAAGGAUGUUUACUUGUAUUCCAUAGCAAGACCAUUCUGCAAUACAAAUAAGACAAUUUUCCUGUAAAUGUGAAACAAAGAAAGCAAGCUACUAUAAAAUCUAGUUAAUAAUCAUGUUUCUGUAAUUUUUCCUACACUGCCUGAUCUUUAUAUUUUAGUGGAACAACUAUAAUUAAUAUAUGUACUAAUUACUUCAGACUUACUUUGUUGGAUUUGUAGAAUUACAUACUUUUCUAAAUUAUGCAUCCCAAUAUAAUAUCCCUUUCAAUAUGUUCUGUGAUGAUCAACACUCACUGACCUAUUUAAUUUUAUUUUCAAAAAAGAAAGAAAGAAAAAAGAAUGGAAAGGAAGGAAAGCUAACCUAAUGUGAAACUGGUAUUUCCAACAAUAUCUCAGACAAUGAUCUCUGCAGGAAGAGAUGUUAAAAAAAAAGUCAUCAUGAUGGCUAUAACCAUGUCAGUACAGAUAGUCCUUGACUUAGACCACAACAGGGACCAGAAUUUGUUGCUAUGCAAGAGUCACUCUUGAUUUUAUGAUCUUUUUGUCAAUUGUUAAUUGAAUCACUGCAGUUUUAAGUAAAACAUGUGGUCAUUAAGUGUAUCCAGCUUCCCCCAUUGACUUUGCUUGUGGGAAGCUGACUGGGAAGGGUGUAAAUAGCUAUCCUGAGAUGCUGCAACUAUCAAAUGUUUGCUAGUUGCCAAAUUUCCAAAUUCUGAUCACGUGCCUGUGGGGAUGCUACUUGGAUGACCAAGUGAGAGGAUUGGUCAUAAGUCACUUCAAUUUCCAGAAUUCUCAGCAAAGAUUAUGCUGGCUUGGGGAAUUAUGGGAACUGAAAUCUACAGGUCUGGAGGGCACCCAGGUUGGAAAUGCUGAACUAGAGUGUAUCGUAAGCAUAGGUGUUCUUGGUUGGGUUCAAAAGUAGCCAUAUCACAACACUCCCUUCCCAUGAUUUAAGUACUUGCACUCAGUGCUGAUGUAUAUGUAUAUAAGGCCAAGGUUUGCAUCUUCUUUUUUAAUUAAAGUUUGUAUUGGAUGCCUAUGAUCCUAAGGUGAGUGACAAGGAUAGUAAGGAAGUCCAGGAGGAGCAAUUGAAAAAUCUGGGUAUACUUGCUUGGAGAAAAUAAGAAGAAAGAAGCCUGAAAGUUCCUGUAAAUAUCCUCAUGUGAAGGACUGCCACAUAAAAAAAAAAAAAAGGAAAAUCACUGUUCUUUGUUGCUUCAGCAAGCAGAGUAGGAGUUAGGUUGCUUCAGUGAGCAAGAUGUAACCUGCAGAGAAGUAGACUUUGCUGAACAUUCAGAAAAGCUACCUAAUAAAAAGAGCAAAGCUGAUUUCUUAUACCGAGACAUUUAAGCAUAGAUUGGACUAAUUGGAACAUCAACCCCCCCCCCUCCCUCCGAGAUCAGACUUGACCCAGCCCUGCUGGCCUUUUGCAAGACAUUAAAAAUCUGGUUUUGCCAUCAAGCCUGGGGCUCUAAUAGUACAGAUGAGCCCAUUUUGUGGUUAUUUGGAGUGUGGGAUGUUAUGACUGUUCUCUGCUGCUACUUUAUGCUAUUUAUGUUGCUUAGGGCUUUAAUUAUUUUAUUGUUUUUUAUUCUGUUUUAAUUGUUAGUUUUUCAGUCAUUUAUAUGACAUGGUCAGUCAUAUAAAUUAAAGAAAUAAAUUUAGAAAUUCAUUUGGAAUCUUGCAAUUGAGAUGAAAAUCCUAGUGAAGAUGCUUCAAAGUUUUAAAAAUUAUUUUUAUAUCUUAAUCUAUAUCCUACUUUCAUAUAUUGCUAUAAGCUAGCACUGUACAAAUGACAUUGGGAUAUUCCAUUAGAGAUUUUAUGUAUUAAAAAUGAAUGUAUUAAUUCCAAUCUCUUCAAUAUUCCAACUGAAAUUUUAUGUAUUAAAAUAAACAAUGUGUUAAUGAAUGCCAUUGUUUUUGUUUUCAAUUUCAUGAACUGAAAAUACUUUCUUGGUCAAAAAUGAAACAGCCAGUACCACUUGUGAGGAGGAAAAUUAUAAAGAAAGUUAAACAAUGAAAAGAACAAUACUGGCAGCAUUUAAAAGUAAAAUUGAAUUUGUUAUAAUUUGUUCCCUACUCCUUGUGAGAAAAAUUCAAAAACAGCAGAGGAUUGCUUAAUUGUUUACAAGAAAACAAAAAAGAAGAAUAAUUGCAAACAUUUAAAUCUUUAUGGCUAAAGACCUACGGUAGGUAUCUUCAGGAUAACUUUCCUUAAAUUGUUCCUGCAGUCAAAUCAAAGAAUGUUGUUAGCAGAAACCUCAGAAAUCAGUGUUUUUAAUCAGUGCCCUCUUUCUUUGGAACUUUGUCCCCUGAGAGUUGUAUGAUCCUAGCUCUUACAUACAUUCCCCUCUGUGGUUUAUGGUAUUUAUGUUUAACUGAAUUCUGUUGUCCUUGGUGAAGAAGUGGAAUUUUAACUGUUAUGUACAUUUUUAACCUUGCUAUAAGGAUGGGAUAUGCAAGCAUUUGAAAUGGGAGCAAUUGGAAAGGUAUAUAAACCUAUAAAAUAAAAUAAUUGACCAUAAGAAAAACCUUCCUA